AUGGUAUCUCUAGACAGGCUUACAAUGGCACAUCGAUGCUUUCCCCGUCUGCUGCUGGUUCUGGUCGCCCUGACAACGCUGUGUCAAGGUUCCAAGAUCGUGUUUACAUCGACACCGACAAGCGUCUCUGAUGGACUGACAAAACUACUCACUCUCCGCUGUGCCCUGCAGGAUGACACCAACUCAACAAACACCGUGUCCCGUCUGUCAACGAUCACCAUCAGGAAAGCCGAAGGCGCACAACAGAAGGAGGUGGCCAAAGUUGUAUCGGGACAAGCAGCUGUAGCUGGAGCUGUGGCAGCAGGGGCCAGCGUUUCGAGCAACAUCUCCAACACAGUUGGCUAUCUACAGGUCAGCUGGUCCAAUCCGGGACAACCUCAAGCUGGCGCAUACAACUGUGAGAUUGUGGCACUAGAAGCGGACGGCACCAACGUCAAGCUAAAGUCCAUCGUGGAAGUGCAAAGCACAAGUCAAAGUCUCGGAGACUUGACCCGGCUGAUUUCAAAAGCUAAUGAUGACAUUGAGGCUUUGGAGAACAAGGUUAGCCUGUUGCGUCCGCCCCAUGCAGAAGAAGGAACUGUUGACUGUGGAUCUUCUACAACAUGGGGCGCAAACUUGCAACCCAGAGAGGCGGUCAGAGAAGUUCUUUUCAAGGUUCCUUAUGAAAGGGUUCCACAAGUUGUUAUCGCCAUUGCGGCUUUCGAUGACGCGUCCCACACGAGGAUUAACAUUGCCAUCAGGGACCUAACCACAACCGGGUUCAAGAUCGUUUGUGCCACUUGGUGGGACUCAUAUAUUUAUGGCGUCUGGGUGCGCUGGACCAGCAGUGUGGCGUAG